AUGGCGAGAAGGGCUUCGGCGGGGGCGGCCACGAUGGUCCUAUGCCGCCGAGAGCUCGAGGUCGACAACCUCCCCCUCCCCCCCCCAGGUCCUGUAACCGACUAUGGUGCCACCAUUGUCCACUGGAUGAGAAACCGCCGGCCGGGAUACCAGGGUUCCUACCGUGGUGAGGUUGAGAGACCGAGUGCUAGCUAUAUUGUCGAUAUGCUUCCACCCAUUGCCAGAAGAUCGAAUCCAGCUGACACGGUGCCAACCAAGCACCUUCACUCCUCCCUCAACAAGAUCAAACAUCCCGUCAACGUGGUGAGAUGGACGCCAGAAGGCAGAAGACUUUUGACGGCCUCUAGCAGUGGCGAGUUCACGCUUUGGAAUGGCACAGGUUUCAACUUCGAAACCAUCAUGCAGGCUCACGACUCUGCUAUCCGCGCCUUAGCCUACUCCCAUAGCGACGAUUGGCUUGUGUCUGCUGAUCACGACGGCAUGAUCAAAUAUUGGCAACCCAAUUUCAACAACUUGGAGAGUUUCCGCGCUCAUCAAGAUCCUGUUCGAGAUCUUGCCUUUAGCCCGAACGACACCAAGUUUGUGACCGCCUCGGACGACUCUACUCUCAAGAUUUUCGACUUUGCUGCUGCCGCUUCUGAACAGACACUGACGGGUCAUGGAUGGGAUGCAAAGAGUUGCGACUGGCAUCCCACAAAGGGACUGAUUGUGUCGGGAUCAAAGGACCAUCUCGUCAAGCUCUGGGAUCCAAGAACAGGUCGCUGCCUGACCACACUCCAUGGCCACAAGAACACCAUCACAAAGACUUCCUUUGAGAAGGUACGAGGCCAAUGCCUCGCCACGUCUGCCCGAGACCAAACUGCUCGUGUGUUCGACCUGCGCAUGAUGAGAGAUAUUGUCCUCCUCCGCGGUCACGAGAAGGAUAUCUCCACCCUGACAUGGCAUCCCAUCCACCCAAAUCUUCUCAGCACUGGCGGCGCCGAAGGUUCGCUCUUUCACUACUUGCUCGACGAGCCCAACACCCCUCCGGGCCACGCGCCCUCCAUUGCUGUAUACGACAGCCCCGAUCCUCAGUCAUGCCCUGCCCAGACUAUUUACCCUGCCCACAAGAUACCCUAUGCUCACGACUUUGCUAUCUGGUCGCUCGACUGGCAUCCGCUUGGCCACAUUCUAGCAUCGGGUUCCAACGACCGUAUCACCCGUUUUUGGACCCGCUCUCGACCGGGCGAAACUGAAUUCAACGAUCGCUACCACAUUGGCGAAGCCGCCGCUGAGGCCCAAGGCACAUGGGAUCGCCGUGGGAACCGUCAUAUGCGUCAAGUCGAAGAAGAACAAGAAAUGGAGGAUGAGAUGGACGGCCUUGUCGACCAAAAGAUGCCCAUCAAGCCACCUGGCAUUCCUGGGUUUGGCAACAUUCCAGGCCUGCCCAUGCAAGGAGUUUCAGCUCUGCCCGGCCUAGGUCCUCCACCGCCGCCUGGUCUUGCCGGAAGAGGUGCCGGUGUUCCACCCAACUUACCCUUCCCGUUACCAGGACUCCCACCGCCUCCGCUCCCCGGAAUCGAUCCCAAGAAUCCUCCCGAUUUCGCUGCCAUUGCCGAGAUGAUGAAGAAGGCUGGUAUUCCACCGCCACCACCUCCCGGCUCGGGUGGUAUCCCGCCUCCCCCGCCAGGGAUGCUUCCGCCUGGCCUCAUUCCGCCUCCAGGGUUUCCUCUGCCACCUGGUUUCCCUCCUCCGCCGCCCCAUCUGGCUGCUCAAGCUGCGGCCCAGAAUUUUGGUGACGGCGGUCAUGGGGAUCAUGAGGCGGGCGGCCGAAGACGAGCACCGCUUCCUAGUCAGGAGGAGAGUCUGCGGAUGGAACAGAACCGGGGGCAUUAUACCAGAGCGAGAUAG